CUCCUGAAAUGCUUCUUUGAAAUUCAAGGCAAAGAGGAGGCACACCCUUUCAGCCGACUGAUCCCUGGCUCAGUCAGUCUGGUGGGAACAUUUUGUAGGCCUUCCCUCUUCCUGAACCUCAGGCAAGAAGGGCAGGAUCUCGGUUCCAGGGUCUCAGUACCCCCUGUGCCAUUUGAGCUGCCUGUGCUCAUCAGCUCUAUUAAUAACCUCCCUCCCUCCCCCGCUGCCGGUGCUGCCCCUACGCUUGCCCAGCUCAGGUUCUCUAGUCACAGCAGCUUAGUCCUCCAAAGCUGCCGGACCCCAGGGAGAGCUGACCACCAACUGAGCGGCUGGUCAAAUCCACCUCCAUCAUGCCGCUCUCGGGAACCCCGGCCCCUAACAAGAGAAGGAAGUCAAGCAAACUGAUUAUGGAGCUCACUGGAGGUGGCCGGGAGAGCUCAGGCCUGAACCUGGGCAAGAAGAUCAGUGUCCCAAGGGAUGUGAUGCUGGAGGAGCUGUCACUCCUUACCAACCGAGGCUCCAAGAUGUUCAAGCUGCGGCAGAUGCGGGUGGAGAAAUUUAUCUAUGAGAACCACCCCGAUGUUUUCUCUGACAGCUCAAUGGAUCACUUCCAGAAGUUUCUUCCCACCGUGGGAGGACAGCUGGAGACAGCUGGUCAGGGCUUCUCCUAUGGCAAGGGCAGCAGCGGAGGCCAGGCUGGGGGCAGUGGCUCUGCUGGACAGUAUGGCUCUGACCACCAUCAGCAGGGCUCUGGGUUUGGAGCUGGGGGUUCAGGUGGUCCUGGAGGCCAGGCUGGUGGUGGAAGAGGAGCUCCUGGCACAGUAGGGGUUGGAGAGCCCGGAUCAGGUGACCAGGCAGGUGGAGAUGGAAAACAUAUCACUGUGUUCAAGACUUAUAUUUCCCCAUGGGAUCGGGCCAUGGGGGUUGACCCUCAGCAAAAAGUGGAACUUGGCAUUGACCUACUGGCAUAUGGGGCCAAAGCUGAACUCCCCAAAUAUAAGUCCUUCAACAGGACAGCAAUGCCCUACGGUGGAUAUGAGAAGGCCUCCAAACGAAUGACCUUCCAGAUGCCCAAGUUUGACCUGGGGCCUCUGCUGAGUGAACCACUGGUCCUCUACAACCAGAACCUCUCCAACAGGCCUUCUUUCAAUCGAACCCCUAUUCCCUGGUUGAGCUCUGGGGAGCAUGUAGACUACAAUGUGGAUAUUGGUAUCCCCUUGGAUGGAGAGACAGAGGAGCUGUGAAGUGUCUCCUCCUGUCGUGUGCACCAUUUCCCCUCUCUGGUUCCAAUUUGAGAGGGGAUACUGGACAGGAUACCCCAACUGUUACUCCAGUAUCCUUGUGGCAAUGGAGGGUAAAGGGUGGGAUCCAUUGCCUUGCCACCCUUCAAGUUCCCACUCCGAAGCAUCCCUCCUCAACAGCUCAGAGCUCCCAUCCUGCUGCUCCAUAUGGAAUCUGCUCUUUUAUGGAAUUUUCUCUGCCACUGGUAACAGUCAAUAAACUUCAAGGAAAUGAACUCA